GCCUGGCAUUAAGGCCUCUUCUGAGGGGAAUGGGCGGGAACUCGGAGGCCUGGCAUUAGGGCCUCCUCUGAGGUGAAUUGGCGGGAACUCGGAGGCCCGGCACUGCGGCCGGAAGCUGCGUGCCUGGCGAGCGGGCGGGCGAGCGAGGGGGGCCGUGAGAGAGGCCUGGUCCGCUCCGGAGGCGGGCCCUCCUGCUCCUGCUCCUCCUCCUGCCUGCCUGCCUUCCCGGGCAGGCGGUGCGGCUCUGGCGCCCUCGCCGCCGGCUGGGGUCUGGACGGGGAGGCCUUCCUCCGCCCGCCAUGAAGGACUGCGAGUACCGGCAGAUCCCUCCGGGCGCCCCGGCCGCGCCGCCUCCCGCUCCCGCCGACGCCGCUUCUUCCUCCUCGGAGCCGGCGCUGCCGGAGGCCUCGGGCCCGCUGCCUCCUCCGUCCCCGCCUCCGCCGCCUUCCCCGUCGCGGCGCAAGUGGGAGGCCUUCCCCGGGAGGAACCGCUUCUACUGCGGCGGGAGGCUCAUGCUGGCCAGGCACAGCGGCGUCUUCCUCCUCACCCUCGGCCUCAUCGUGGCCACCAGCGGGCUCUUCUUCGCCUUCGACUGUCCAUUCCUGGCUCGUAAUCUGACCUUGGCCAUUCCUAUCAUUGCUGGCAUCCUGUUCUUUUUUGUCAUCAGCUCUCUGCUGCACACCAGCUUCAGAGACCCUGGUAUCCUGCCCAGAGCCACCCCCAGUGAAGCUGCGGAUCUGGAGAAAUGGAUUGACAACCUGGGCACCUCCACUUACCGGCCACCUGCCCGUACCAUGGAAGUUGUGAUAAACAAAUACAUGGUGAAGUUGAAAUACUGCUAUACAUGCAAGAUGUUCCGUCCUCCUCGGACUUCGCACUGCAGUGUUUGUGAUAAUUGUGUAGAACGGUUCGAUCAUCACUGUCCCUGGGUCGGGAACUGUGUGGGCAAGAGGAACUAUCGGUUCUUCUAUGCCUUCAUCCUCUCCCUCUCCUUCUUGACAGCCUUCAUCUUUGCUUGUGUCAUCACCCAUCUCGCCCUCCGUUCCCAGGGAAAUGAUUUCAUCAGUGUUCUGAAAGCAACACCAGCAAGUGUGUUGGAGCUCGUGAUCUGUUUUUUCUCCGUCUGGUCUAUCUUUGGUCUCUCAGGGUUUCACACUUAUUUAGUUGCCUCCAACUUGACAACCAACGAGGAUCUCAAAGGGGCAUGGUCAAGCAAGAGAGGUUCUGAAUUUGCCAAUCCCUACAGCCAUAAAAGUGUCCUCACCAACUGCUGUGCAGUGCUCUGCGGACCCUUCUAUCCCAGUUUAAUAGACAGACGAGGAUUCAUCCAGGCAGAUGCUGGGAUCCCGGCCACUCCUAAGACUGAAAUCCCUCCUUCCUUUGGAAUGAAAUCGGAUGCCAGCAUGGUAUGAGUCAACCCUUAGCAGUGCUGACAUACAGUCCUGUGCCUAGGCCUAUCUCCAGCCGGUGCUUCUCCUCCAUUUUACCAUUUUCUGGGCUCAGACAGGACAGCCUGGUGAGGCAGAGCUUCCCAAGUUCCUACUCAAACCGUUUGCCACCAUCUUUUUUUAAAUUUGGUUUGAUUUUUUUUUUGUACAGUGGGACUUGCCUAGACCUUGUGGACUGCUGCAUCUAAGCUCUCGGUGGAGUUGCUUAGAGCAAACCACGUCCCUCGCUGGGAGAGGUCCGUUUCUUGAAAACCAUCCAUUCUCAGAGGGUUGGGAAAUGAAGCACAGGGAUGUGGCACUGGUGUAGAGAAGGGGGAUACCACGUACAAGUUCCAUUGCUCAACAGGCACUCCACAUUUAGUUCAAACUUGCUCCUUGAUGAAGCUUUGGCAUUAGUCCGUCAGUCCGGCCGUUUGGUGUGAGCAGUGAGAGGGAGAAUGGCAAUUUGUCUGAGCCUUGAGGCACAGCGCACCGUUUUGAGGACAUGGCACUCCUUGCCUUAGCAGCAAGUGUGGCCUGCUGAGCUGGUUUGCCGAGGAUGGCUCUGCUGUUCCCACUGAUGGGAGCGAGAGGAAUGCUAGGUUACGCGAACCCUGGGAAAGGAGCAGGAGCCAAUCUUCUGGAUUCUCAGUGUUGGGGUGCUUCAAUUGAAUUGAAACAACAGGAACAGGCUGAAGACAGCCCAGUGCCGUUGUUUAACUGAUAAAUAGAAAUUAAGGAAAGCCUACUGAGAUCCUUCAAUGAUGUGAAUAGAGAGGGGAUAUUGCCACCUGGUACUUAUAGAUCAGAGAACUAUUUUUGUCACGAGAAACACUGAGCAGAGACUUGUGUCCACAGGACAAUCCAGAAAGAAACCUUCCUACCCUGGGCAUGGUCCAAAAUGGAAGGUUUAUUUAAGCCGAGUCCUCUCAUUUGGAUUCUUGACCAAAGGAGGGGAGAGAUCAUGAAAAUAGCUAUUAGGAUUCCUUUUAGCAGUGCCUCCCGUCCUGCUGUGUCAGCCCUUAUGUACAUAGGAAGGUUAAAUACAUGUUAAAUACUUGAAACCUGUUUAUUAAACGCUGCUGGGUAUUUUUGCACACAUUUUGUAGGUUUUUCUAAGGAUUUAUCAAACAGCCUGUGUUCACAGCUUCAUAGAACCAGGUUUUUUUUAAUAGCAUUGAAAUUCAUUUGUCUGUAAUUAUUCUUUGAACUUUGGAAGCUCGUAGGAAGGGAUGGGAAAUAUUUUUAGGAUCUAAGGAAAGCUUGAUGUUCCGUAUUCCUAUUGACCUGAAGAAACUAGGCUUCAUUGAAAACAGAAUAGGAUUUUGGAUCUCAUAGGGGACAAAUCAAGUGGGCCUUUUAAAUCUUGUCUCAGCAGAGAAUCAGGGAUAGCAUGAGCAUCACACCUGCAUUUUUUAAAAAAAUUGGAAUCACUGAAGUCAUAUCUCAGGAAUUUUCCUUGUAAGUGAGGGAUCAGGUCUUUCCUUCAGCCUUUCCAGACAUGCUCUUCUUGUAAGUGACGUCAGUCGCUCACUUUGAGUGGAGCCACCUCCUUCCAGAGAACAUUCUUGAAUCCCAUCAGCUGCCAGAGGCGCAUGGCGGGCCUCCUCCACUGAUAUGUACAGUAUCAUUCCUGGGAGAGAUCUCCUAGGCUGCCCUAAGGAGGGUAGGGAGCAACCUGGGCCUUGUUAAACUGGAUUGACGUGGGCCCUUUCUCAUUGCCUGUACUUAGAAGUACAAGACUACCCCUCUCAGUCUUGCACUCUUUAUUAGCAGUGGUAAAUUGAUACAUAUUUUUUCAAAAAAUAUUAUUAGAGAGAGCACUUUUUUGCACUUAUCUCUAGAUCUGGAGCAGCUCCUGGGAGAGAUCAAAGAUUAUGAUUUUUUUUAGUGUUUCUAUGCUUGUCUUUUGCAUUUUUUAAUUAUGAUUGGCUUAGCGAACAAUAUCCAUUUGACUGAUGAAUCAUAUAAUUGCGACUAGAGAUGGAAAAGUAAAUGUAAUCAGUGCUUCCUUUCUAGAAUUUGCAUCUGCACUUAAAUGAUGAGCUUAGGGCAUGAUGCACAGCCAAAAUAGAAUACUUCGAUGCCGUUCUAAAGAUUUCCAGUGCAGCUUCCAGCAAUCAGAUAUUGCAGUUGGGAUACAUGCUGCGCACCUGCUUAUAAUGUAUUUUGAGAGGCAAAAUGUGACUCGUUCCUUGUACAGGACUGCAGGUUUUGGUAGAUGGGCACCACUCGGAGCAACUCUGCAUGUGGCCCACUACCCUGGGAGCUGCUGCUAAAUAUUAGGCUCUCAGGGCCUCUGGGAGAAUUAGAAAGCUCCAACUUCUGUGCAGCUGAUGAAUGAGGCAGGUGCUUAUAUUCUUGGUCCUUAGGCGAGUGCCCAAACCCGAGGUGUAUAUAUAUAGGAGGCAUUCCCUGGAUAAUAACCAGCUUGAACCCUGGUAUUAAGCCUGCUGAAGCUGUAGUGCCACUUCUGCCCUGUGAGACUCCCUGGGGUCAUGAUGAGGAUCUCUCUCGCUCUGUGUGCUGGUAGGCUGCCUGUCUUUGAGCAGCUUUUGCUCCUGUUGCCGCCAUCGCAUCCGUGAAGAUGCAUUUUCACAUCAUGGGGCCCAUUUCCUAGCACAGAGGUUGUGUAGUUAGACCAAACAGACGCUGGACCUGCCUGCAGAACAAAUUGCUUUGGUUUUUGUUUUUUUUUUUGGUGGGGUCAUUGUGAAAUAUACUCACUUUUUCCUCAUGCAUUUUUCCUGAACACAAUUAGGGUGAGGGGAGUUCCUGAUUUGCCAGUUGUAGCCCAUGUCAUUUCCAGAAGGGUGUCCUCAUGCAUUUCUCAGGACAAGGAGCUGCUCUUGUUAACCAUCUUUUUUUUAAGCCGUAAUCAUUUUCAUAAGCGUAGUUGAGAAAGGACUGUAGCAGUGUGACAUUGGUAGGGCUAGACAACCUUCUGGGGGUUGAGCCAUGUCUUCCUUUUUGUUUACUUUUGUAAUAAAGACAAUUUUUUUUAAAAAAAAGAGAUAA